AUGGCUUUUGGGCGGAACUUCAGUGCCGUGGCAGCAAAGAGAGAUUAUAUCCGUGAAGACGGUUCACGAAUUAGCUCCACUUAUCGCUUAAAGUCUUUGGCCAGUGGAGCUGUCAGCCGAGAAAAGCGGCAAGUACUGGAACUGAUUGAUGUUGGAAGCAGAGAACUCGUUUAUACAGCUAAUGCCCACGUUGAGGAAGAAUUAAUUAAACUAAAAGUUAUUGCUAUGUCGUUGGUAUUCGACGACGAACAGGUGGUGCCAGAUUUGGAACUGGGGGCGAUUAAUGAAUCUCCUAUUAGUAGCCAAUCUUCGUCAGUAUCUUCUGAUUCUGACUCACUGAGUUCUCAGUCAAGUUCUGAUCACAGCUUACCGGCCCACAGAGUUAUGAGGAGUCGUCGCCGGUCGCUCAAACGGCUAGAAUCAAACUGUUCAGAGAAAAUAUCUUUAACGGACACGAAGGCUGCUGUGUUCACAAUGCAGCGCUUGGCAGCCCGAAUUAUCCGAAAAGCAAAUCGUAAGGGUUAUGGGAAACAUUUUGCUAAUAAAGCAGUUAGGCGCCUGAUGGAAAAAGACCUUGAGAGGCGUCGUCGGUAUAUAAGCGAGCUGAGGGAAGGUAAUCGAGAAAUUGCCGCGCAGGAUGAGGAAAACUGCGACACUCUUGAAGUUCUUGCUGUGGGUGGGUAG